AUGCGAAAGCUGCUUUUUGCUCUACUCUCAUUCCUGCUCAUCAAAUUGAGCCACGAAGUUCACGACGAAAGUUUUGUCAAAUUUUGCACAAAUGUCAGAGGUUCUUAUAUGAAAAGCACAUCCGAAUGGGAUUCUGGUGAUGAAUGCAAAGUAAUUUGGCCGAUUCCAAGUUCAUCGAAUUCCGAAGCCAAAAGAUAUUGUAAAAAUUGGGGAGCUUAUCCGGUGAAACAUUCGAGAAAAAGUGAUAAUGGACAAACUGAAUGUGUUUAUGAAAAUGUAUUGGAAUGUCGAAAUGAUUAUACAUUGAUUAAUGGAGAAUGUUAUCGAUUUGUUGAACAAAAUAAAUUUGUGAAUUAUAAGGAUGCGGUGAAAUUGUGUGAAAAAGAGAAAUUUAAGACGAAGGAUUUGAAACCGAUUACUUAUAAACCAAAAGUUAUUCGAUUUUUUGAUAAGAGUUUGAUCAGAUGGUUCAAAGGUAAAUAAGCACGAGUGUAUUUCCCUCUGCGUCUCUGACUUCUCUAUGAUCUCUAGCUUCUCUACCUCUCUAACCACCCCCUCCAAUUUCCAGCCUACUUCACCAAUCUCCGCUCAAUCUUCGUCCUCCAAGAUGCCCAACUCUCCCAAAUCAUCUCAAAAGACCUUGGCGGCUCAAACUUUGCAAUAGUCUACGGAAUGUCUGUCCACUACAAAUCCCCGCCAAAUUCCCUCGUAAAACUUCCGAAAAAUGCGCAAGCUCAAGUAAUGUGCUCCUACAAACCAGUCAAUACUGUUUUGAGUUUUGGAUACAAGGCAAAAAUGAUUGCACCAUAUUAUUAUCCGAUUGGAACCAAAGGAAUUGUCACCGCUUGGCGAACUUCGAGUCAUUCGAGCUAUUUGAAAUCGACUGUUCCUGAAGCCAAGAUUUGUGAAGCCUCUUUGAAGGCUAUUGUUGGAGAUACCAAGGCUGAAGCUUUUGAUCCAAGAGAAGAGAAUACUAAACCAUUUUCUGCUGAUUUCCGCAAUGGAUUUGUGAUCUCACGAGCUGCUGUGAUUCGUUGCUGUUAUUCAAAAGACGGUAAUAAUUAUAAAAUUGCUGGACAAGUUUUUCGCGGAAAAUGUAAAAGUCAUGAUUAUGUUAUUCAACACGUUGUCGAUAGGGAAGAUUCACAGGUUUAUUUUUGAUUUGCGGAAUUUUCCGCGCGUGUCUUUCCGCGCCUCUCACAAAUCUUUUGUUUUCAGCACAAUUGCGCUGAACUGCCCAGUGUCGAUGAGAACUACUACAAGAUCAACACUCUACCACACGAUUUCAACAAAAAUGUGGAGACGACGAUUUUGUUCACCGCCGGCAAUGUGUAGGUUUUUGUCCGCGCGAUGCGCUCCGGAAUCUUCCGCGCAAGCGGUUCGAGUGUAUUUCCCUCUAGCUGUCAAGACCAUACCUGUAUUUUUUGCAGCGACGGAAAAUACGACAUAGUCUCGCGUCAAGUUGCCGUCGAAGCCCCGCUCUUCUGCAGUCUCUACAUUCCGCAACCCGACCGCGCCACCGAAAAAGACUGUCCAACCGGUUACACUGGAAUCACACGAACCGGCACUCUGCAAACCGUCUGUCAUCGUUGGAUUAAUACAUGGAACACGUAUGAAGAAGCCAUCGAAUAUUGUAAGAAACACGGGGGUGGCGAAUUGUCGACGUUUACCGAUCAACGAGAAUUGGAUUUGAUCAAUAGAUUGAAUCAGGUGAACAAUAAUUUUUGGAUUGGAUUGGCGAUCAAGAAAGAGUGUGACCGUGUUGAUGAGAAUCGUGAUGGGCAAUGUUCGAAGAGAAAUGUAAGAUAGCAUUAGAAGAGACGCAGAGAGGAUCGAUAGCUAGAGAUCAUAGGAUUUAAAUAGACACAGAGGGAAAUACACUCGCUACGCUCGAGCCGCUCACGCGGAAGAUUCCGGGGCGCUUCGCGCAAGCUUGCAGUAGAACAAAAUCGAAAUUUGUACUGCAAGCUUGCGCGAAGCGCCCCGGAAUCUUCCGCGUGAGCGGCUCGAGCGUAGCGAGUGUAUUUCCCUCUGCGUCUCUGCCUUCCCUAUGUUCUCUAGCUGUCUAGUUUCUCUGCGUAUCUUGAAAGCUCUCUCUCUCUCUCUCUCUAAUCAUACCCUUCGACAGCUCUGGAAAUUCACUGGCAGCAUCACUCGAGACACCAAAAUAGCUCGUGAUUUUGUCGGAACACGAUGGUCAAACGGUGAGCCGAAUAAUUGGAGAAAUAGCCAAGAAGCGUGUAUCGAACUGCAAACCAAUGGACUUAUGAAUGAUCAAUCGUGUUCAUCGAAACGACUAACAAGUUGUAUGGUUGCGCCGAAAAAGGAGAAGGCGACUGAGGCGGAUUGUGAGCCGGGAUGGCAUCCGUAUACUCGAAAAUUGAGCAAUGGCGAGACUGUUGUUAUGUGCCAUUUUAUGAGUAAUAUUUGGGUGAGUUUGAGCGGAGCGAGCCGCAAGCUUCCGCGCAGCGGCACUGUCUUCCGCUUUAGCGGCCACGCGGAGGCUUGUUGUUCCUUCGAGCGGAGCGAGUGUAAACCGCAAGCUUCCGCGCAGCGGCACUAUCUUCCGCUACGCGGAGGCUUGUUGUUCCUUCGCUCUAAUUCUGCCAUUUUUCAGGGAAAUUAUUGGAAGGUUGAAAAAGGAUGUAAAGAAGAGUUUGAUGGUGCGAUAUUAUCAACAUUUACCACUGAAAAAGAAUAUCAACUUCUACAAAAGUUGAUCAAUAAUAGACAUGAUCAAUGGUCGGGUUAUCAAUUCUUCAUUGGCUAUUAUAAAACACCCGAAUGUCAUUGGGCUAAUGUUCGACGUUCCAACCAAAAUGGAUGCACUUUGGAGAAUUGUUUUUAUGAUUAUGAGCCGGGCACUGAAAUCACGCCAGCAGUUCGUAAAUUGGUUGCGUCGAAAUUCAAACUCACUGAACCGGAUGGUUCUGGACAGGCAUUGAGUGUGUAUAGAGGUGUGAUUUGGGAUGAGUUUUCGGCGGGAAAGACGGAGAAACAAGAGGGAUAUGCGAUGUGUAUGAAGAAGGCGCAGAAAAAAUAG